GUAGGCAGAGCCCCGCCCAAGGUUCGGUCCCCAGACACGCCGGGAACGGAAGCGAUUGGUCCCUUGGGCCAUCCCCUUUAAAGCCAACCCUUUAAGGCUCCAUGUCCCUUGCCCUCCCCCGCUCGGGACACCCGGGACCUGACAUUUGGCGGAGCCUAACGUGGGAGCUAAAAAUAGCCGCCCCGGGUUACUUCGGGGCAUUGUUUCUGACACACGCACCCCCGCGCGCUCCGUGUCACCCUGCUGGAGUUACCCGGUACCCUGGCUGCAAGGGCACCUUAGCCCAUGCCCUCCUCCUCUUCGACCUCACAGGGGGACCAGCUGCACUCAACUCUUUAAGAAGUUUCGCAGUCCAGGAUUUUGGAUGGCGGGAGGAGCGUUUUGUACCAAGAACCCUACUUUGAAAACUCGGAGGCUGGCGGGAACCACAGGGGCGUGUCUCCCCGUCCGCACUAGGCUAGGGGUGGGGGCGUGGCCUUUUGGGGUGUGUGGGCUCCUGGCCAAUGGUGUUGUGAGGGGCGUGGCCGGUGGCGGGGCGGGAGUGAGGCGGUGGCUACAGCUCCCCGCAUCUUUAACCCGCAAGCGGUUCCCACUGGAUCCCGGAGAGCCGCGGUGCUCCCCGGCUCCUGGACUUGGCGGCCGUGGGUCCCACCAGACCCGCCCUGCGCACAUCACUUUGGGGCGCCUGGCCGGGGUCUUCUCCCUCUGCCCACCAGGCGGGGGCAGGUACCGCAUUCGCUUGUUCUCACUGCGGCGCCAGAGUCUUCAGUUCUUUUAAGAUAAGAUGCCGUCGGGUUUCCAGCAGAUCGGCUCUGAAGAUGGGGAACCCCCUCGGCAGCGAGUGACUGGGACUCUGGUCCUUGCUGUGUUCUCAGCUGUCCUCGGCUCCCUUCAGUUUGGCUACAACAUUGGGGUCAUUAAUGCCCCACAAAAGGUGAUCGAACAGAGCUACAAUGCAACAUGGCUGGGGAGACAGGGUCCUGAGGCAGCCGGUUCCAUCCCACAAGGCACUCUCACUACACUUUGGGCUCUCUCCGUGGCCAUCUUUUCUGUGGGGGGCAUGAUUUCUUCCUUUCUCAUUGGCAUCAUUUCUCAGUGGCUGGGAAGGAAAAGGGCUAUGCUGGCCAACAAUGUCUUGGCAGUGCUGGGGGGUGCCCUCAUGGGCCUGGCCAAUGCCGCUGCCUCCUAUGAAAUACUCAUUCUCGGACGGUUCCUCAUUGGCGCCUACUCAGGGUUAACAUCAGGGUUGGUGCCUAUGUAUGUGGGAGAAAUUGCCCCCACUCAUCUUCGGGGUGCCUUGGGAACACUCAACCAACUGGCCAUCGUCAUUGGCAUUCUAAUUGCCCAGGUGUUGGGCUUGGAGUCUAUGCUGGGCACAGCUACCCUGUGGCCACUGCUUCUGGCUAUCACAGUGCUUCCUGCCCUCCUUCAGCUGAUUCUGUUGCCCUUCUGUCCUGAGAGCCCCAGAUACCUCUACAUCAUCCGGAACUUGGAGGGGCCUGCCAGAAAGAGUCUGAAGCGCCUGACAGGCUGGGCCGAUGUGUCUGAUGCACUGGCUGAGCUGAAGGAUGAGAAGCGGAAGUUGGAGCGAGAGCGUCCAAUGUCCCUGCCCCAGCUCCUGGGCAGCCGCACCCACAGGCAGCCUCUGAUCAUUGCAGUUGUGCUGCAGCUGAGCCAGCAGCUCUCAGGCAUCAAUGCUGUUUUCUACUAUUCAACCAGCAUCUUUGAGUCUGCUGGGGUGGGACAGCCAGCUUAUGCCACCAUAGGAGCUGGUGUGGUCAACACUGUCUUCACAUUGGUCUCGGUGUUCUUAGUAGAACGGGCUGGGCGACGGACACUCCAUCUCUUGGGCCUGGCAGGCAUGUGUGGCUGUGCCAUCUUGAUGACUGUGGCUCUGCUUCUGCUGGAACGGGUUCCAGCCAUGAGCUAUGUCUCCAUUGUGGCCAUAUUUGGCUUUGUGGCCUUCUUUGAGAUUGGCCCUGGCCCCAUCCCCUGGUUCAUUGUGGCCGAGCUCUUCAGCCAAGGACCCCGCCCAGCAGCCAUGGCUGUAGCUGGUUUCUCCAACUGGACGUGUAACUUCAUCGUUGGCAUGGGUUUCCAGUAUGUUGCGGAUGCUAUGGGUCCCUACGUCUUCCUUCUAUUUGCCGUCCUCCUGCUUGGCUUCUUCAUCUUCACCUUCCUAAAAGUGCCUGAAACCAGAGGCCGGACGUUUGACCAGAUCUCAGCUGCCUUCCGCCGGACACCUUCCCUUUUAGAGCAGGAGGUGAAACCCAGUACAGAACUUGAAUAUUUAGGGCCAGAUGAGAACGACUGAGGGGCAAGGCAGGGUGGAAGACCCACCCUCUCCACCCCCACAGCCCCCUCCUUUCCUCUGCAGCACUUUAGCCCUCUUUUCCCGUUUCCUCCAGGAUGGAGGAAACUGCAGCCUGGAGAACUGGGAAGCUGAGGGAAGGGUGAUUCAAGUACCCCCCUCAUUCCCCUCCUGUGACUCUUGGAUUAUUUAUGUGUUGUGGCUAGGCUGUGGUCACCCCAUUUCCUAUUCUGCCCUCCUGCCUUCCUCCUGCCCCUACUCAAGACUUGGCCCCAGAAUACCUUUGUUCCCUUUAGAGGAGUGGACCUGCAGGAGGGGAAGUGCUGAGCUGAAUUCAGUGGGAUGAACAGGAACAGAUAUGAGCGAUUUCCUACCAACUCUAACUCUGCCCACAAUUUGGCACUUUCACUGAAUUCUUGCCACAUAAGAUUCUGGGUGAAGGGGGUUCUGUCUUGACCCCUCCAGGGCAAAGGACAUACCCUCCCAAAGUCUAGUCUCUCCUCAGUCUGUGUAGGCUCCACCUUCCAAGGCAAAGGAACACAACAGCAAUUACCUGAACACAGCAAGGAGCAGUAGCAAGCAUCAGUCUCUAGACUUGGGGCGAUAGCCUGUUGUUCCCCAGGGCUGCCAAGUGUGGGUACCAGCUCUUUCUUAUUCCCCUUCAGGAAGGGUGUUAGACCUGAAAGCUUUUGACCAACUAAGGGCAAGAGGGAAUCUGAAAGGCUGCCUAUAGACUGGUUGGGAGGGAGCCUUUGGAUAUUUUUGUAUGUUUUGAAGAACGGGGUAGGGAGCAGAAACCCAAGGGCUGCUGUAUUAAAUGUAUAUAGAGAUUUAUCCAUAAAGUCACUGUAUGAAGAGGAGUGUCCUGUCGUGGAGGAACCGGAGGGUGGGCUAAGACAGGCAGAUGCCUUCACCCACCCCUCUUCCUCUUUGCUUUACCUCGGCUCAAGGGCUCAAAAGUCUCUAAGAGUCUAGAUUCUGCCAGUUAUUCCUAUCUACUUUUGUCACCCUGUUCAAAACAAAAAACAACAACAACAACAAAAAAAAAACAAAAAAACAGGGUCUCAAUAUACAGCCCAGGCCGGCCUUCAACUUAUAGCAAGCCUCUUGCCUCUGCCUCCUAGAGUGCUGGAUUUACAGUCCUGAAUCCAAAUACCCCACUUUUUUUUUUUUUUCAGACAAGGUUUCUCUGUGGCUUUGGAGCCUGUCCUGGAGCUUACUCACUCUGUAGACCAGGCUGGCCUGGAGCUCACAGAGAUCUGCCUGCCUCUGCCUCCCGAGUGCUGGGAUUAAAGGCAUGUGCUACCACUUCCUGGCUUAAAACACUUUUCUUGAGACAGAGUCCAUGUGACCCAGGCUGACCCAGAAUUAGGAAUCCAGUGGACUCAGCUUCCCGAGUGUUGGGUCCAUCUGGCUCCCUCCUUUGUUCUCUAUUGCUUUAAUUCGCAGUAAGUGUUUUGUAAACUAUGUUCAUCAGUGCCCAGGCACUACAGAGACAGUGCUCUCAUAACGGACUCAUGAUUCUCAGUGAUGAGGGCUCUUGUUAGAACUCAAUAGCUGGACACUGGAGCAAGGAGUAAAUGGCAGGCUCUGCCCAUUGUGCACAUCUGACUCCCAUGCAAGGUGGUUCAUUCUCAAACAGAAAAGAGGCAGAGACCAAGACAACAAGAAAGCCUGCUUUUGUUUUUACUGGAGGCUCAGGUGGCACAUGACAGUUCAUAAAAUGGCUUCAGAGGUGUUGGGGGGAGGUCGAAGGGAAACAAAAAAUAAAUGGGUGGGAAAGAAAAAUAAUCAGGAGGAGGUUAAGAGCUGGCUGGUUCCUUCUCAGCCUGACUUAGGGGAGGGAGGUGGUGCCUCUGAACAGUAAGGAUGGAUCCCUUCCUUCAACCCUUGGGAGGGGAGAGGGGAAAAAAGAGAAAAAAGCCAAAGGCUGUUGCUUUGGCCCUCCUGAGUCUCAAGGGAAAAGCCGAUGUUUUGAUGUCAUGAAUUAUGGGAUAGGGGGGAGGGGGAUGCUGGGUAGAGUCAGUUGGAAACUGGCAGAUACCUAAGAGGGAAAAAAAGACAAAUCAUAAAAGGAUAAU